GCGAUCACGUGGUCCCGCUGAAGUGGGCGUGGCCUGGUGGAUCAUGUGAGCUCCGGGGAGGAGGGGGGCAGAAGCAGGGUGACCGGUUCCUGCUUGGGCACAGUGAAUGAGGAAGUGGAGCGCGCGGCAGACAUGGCCUCCCUGUUCAAGAAGAAGACGGUGGACGACAUAAUAAAGGAGCAGAAUAAGGAGCUAAGAGGCACUCAGAGGGCUAUAACCAGAGACCGAGCAGCCUUGGAAAAGCAGGAGAAACAGCUGGAAAUGGAAAUAAAGAAGAUGGCCAAGGCAGGUAAUAAAGAAGCCUGCAGGGUUCUAGCCAAGCAAUUGGUACAGCUACGUAAGCAGAAAACAAGAACUUACGCCGUCAGUUCCAAAGUCACCUCUAUGUCAACGCAGACAAAAGUCAUGAGCUCCCAGAUGAAGAUGGCCGGAGCCAUGUCCACCACAGCUAAGACAAUGCAAGCUGUAAACAAGAAAAUGGAUCCCCAGAAAACUCUACAAACAAUGCAAAAUUUCCAGAAAGAAAAUAUGAAGAUGGAAAUGACUGAAGAAAUGAUAAAUGACACCCUGGAUGACAUCUUUGAUGCCUCUGAAGAUGAAGAAGAAAGCCAGGACAUUGUGAACCAGGUUCUGGAUGAGAUUGGGAUUGAAAUCUCUGGAAAGAUGGCAAAAGCUCCAUCAGCCGCUAAAGGACUUCCCUCCACAUCCUCAGCUAAAUCAACCACCAUCUCGGAUGAAGAGAUCGAGCGCCAGCUAAAGGCCCUGGGAGUAGAUUAACAUCCCGAUAAUAGAAAGAUUUCUGCUAUAUGUGGACUUGUAUUUUGGCUAUGAAUGGAACAGGGAUUUAUUUUUGAGGACUAAAGAACAAGCGUGUCUUAUGUUUGCCGAUAGACACUACACUAACUUGUAUAAUAAUAGUGACUUUAUAAAGACAAUAACACCCUAAUUCUGUACAAAUUUUCUGUUGUGUCCAGAGAGGCUGACGUCUAGGGUCGGCUGCCUAGUACAAUUUUUUGUAAAAAAAAAAAAAUACUCCUAACUAUAAAUGUAUCAUAUUUAUUUCCUUUGUAAGUUCAGUGAAUGAUCUGAAAACUUUUUAACCAUCAGUUCAUCGCUUACUACCUUCCAGCCAUGUGCAUGGUAACAGAUUCCUAACAUGCAUGCUUCCAAUUCAAGGAUUUUUUUUAUUAUAAAGCUGUACAGUAAUAUUACAAAAGAAAUGCAUUAAUCUGGUACCUAAAACGUCUGCAGUCCUGACACACAACACAAUGUGGUAGUCCAGCGGGAUUGGGUCCUUAGUACCUGGUCAGUACUGAAAUCUGGAGCUUUAGUCCGAGGUUUAGUUCACACUGCAUAAAAUUUCCUGACUUAAUUUGUGUGCACAUGUUUUGUCCUUAAUCGGCAAAAAAAAAAAUUUUUACGAAAAUGCAUGCAGAAAAUUAAAUAUUGUUCCACAAUAGAGUAACAGAAAAAGAUAUCCGGCACUGUUAUGAUUCCUUCCUAAAGUGUGAGCAUGUGCUGCUGAUUUAAUGCUAUGAGUCCAAAGAUCGAUGUAGGUGGUGCUUCACGCUGAGAGAAGACAAGUGAAUAACUGAACACAUAAGAAAAAGAAUUACGGAGCAGCUCACCAGUUCCAGGAGAUCAG